ACCAGCUACCGUAAAAAUAGACAACGCGCACGACUCAAUCGUUAAAUGCUGUAUCACAGAUGACGUGACUUCGUAGUGAUGCCUGUUACGCGGCAUACUGCAGAGAACAAGAAACGCGCUCGGACUGGGUGCUUGGCGUGUCGUCAACGGCGAAGAAAGUGUGAUGAGCGCAAACCGCAGUGCGCAAGCUGUGUGACGCGGCAAGUUGAUUGUCGAUAUCCCGCAGACAGCCCAGAGCUGCCACCAAAAUCAUAUAAAAGCAUAACGUUUAUUGGAGACGUCCGCUCGGUUCGUCGCGACACAGAUGAUGCUCAACGUCAGGCGGCGGCUGUGUCGCGGCAGGUAACUGCAAGCUCGGCUUCAAGCACUAAUCAAGAAAUUCCCGAGCUACCUAUGAGACAAAUACAAAGGGAUCUAAAUAGCUGGGAUGGUUAUUUUGACACGGCUGGUCUGCCUCCGGACCGGCUUCACAUCACGCUGUUGAGAAGCUUUCAAUACAGAACUGCUCCAUGGAUAGAGGCCGGACAGGCGAACACGGCCUUCACUGUCAAUUUACUGCGUCUUGCGGGCGAGCAACCACUUUUGCAACAUUUAAUUUGCAAAAUAGCAGCAAACCAGUCGCACUCGAUGCUGAGUGCAAGCUCACAACGGGUGGCUUUAGACGCAAGUGACGGCGCGGAUGCGGAAAAUAUUGGUAAACUCGUAUCAGAACUCAGACUCGUUGGCGAGGCUCUAUACGGUAUUGCAAAGUUCUUCCAGUCGAGUCCUUUGGAAUGGCGGCAGCUGCCUUCUGAGUAUUUGAGCAUGGCGUCCAAAAGCCGAGCGUCUCUUGCAGCCCUCAGCGAGCCCGAUCGAUCACUUUGCAAGUUGCAAUCCCGAAUUGACGUAGCCGCUUCGAUCCUUACCGCAACGCAACCAAUUACUAGUGCAUCGAUCUAUCUAGCUACCGAGCUCGACAUGACUAACGCUGAAAUGUACACAACAAACGACUGGCCACUCUAUUGUUUAACCAACUGCCUACAUUUUAUUCACAGUCUUAGUAGUGAGCCAUUCCAGCUACCUACCCAGCGAGCAUCGACACAACACUUACCCUCGUCGGCUGACGCAGGAUACCAGUCAGACUGGGUAUCUAUAUGGACGAGCUGCCACCGUUGGUACAAUGAAAGGACCCCGGAGAUGCGACCCAUUAUGGAUGUGGGCACAAUGGAGGCACCAAGUGUCGACCCUAACCGCGAAGCAUCUUUCCCGGUACAGCUCUAUACUCACGUCGCAGCCCUCCAGGCCAACGCCAUCUAUCAUAUAGCCGCUAUAUUGCUACUAGAAAACAAACCGCGUUUGCUAAAUGUGCCAAGAUUGCUCAGUGGGCAUUUCGCGUCGAAGCAAUGGCACGCGCGCAUGAUCGCCGGCUUGGCCACAAGCAAUAGCUUUGCGGAGCAGUGGGAUCCGAUUCUUACUGCUUCACUUUUGUACAUCGCUAGAGGGCUUACGCAUCCGUCGCAAAGGGCAGCGGUAAUGGUUUGCUUUAGAAGCAUAACGGUCACUGUGGGAAUACGCCUUGAUGAUGAGUUGUCCGACUUGCAUGCGAUCUGGGCUUCAUAACACAAAGAAUGCACCCAUCCCCGACACUAUAUUACGCUACCUGUUAUACGCGAUUCAUUUUGAAAAUGGUCCAUUUAUGCCUGAUUUAUGUGAAACUUAACUUUCCUGCAUUUCUGUAUAGAACAGCGAGUUUGUCGAUUCUGCUCUGCGGUCAGAGCGGUGGAACUUUGGUUAAGACGUCCACUUCGAUGUUACUGACGCCAUGUUUAGAUGACUUUCCAGGGCCUGGAGAUGACGAGGUCAGUGAGGCUAGUAGUUGACCACUCAUCCAGUCCAACUGAGUGAGCUCCCAGUUGAUUCAGUCCAGUUGGCCUUUUUUUAGACUGGGUCGCUCAACUGGAUAAGCUUCAACUGGACUGGUUAGUAAUACAACUGACUCAGUUGAACUGGCAGUUAGACUGACUAAUUAUGUAAUUGGGAAACAAGUGACGGUCUCAGCGAUAGAAGCAUGAAAACGCCUAGAGAACACUAGUUGUAGUAUUGUUGGUUCAAGGGUAAAUAACACGUGUUAUUAAAAGGUAAAAGGUUGUGGUAGAAAAUCGUUUUUCUCUUCUGGUUCCAUGGUUGGAACUGCUCUAGUUAAAUACAGCGAAUACAUCCUGUAUUCACUUCCUUUUCCUGUGUUUUCCUUAGCCACUUCCAG